UUGGUCAAGGAGCAAGGAACAAUCUGGAACAUCUCCACACACGCACAGUGAAGGAACAUGGACCUCAGAGCAUCCCUCUCUCUCCUAGUGCUGUUGCUGGGUUUGUGUAAGGGUCUGGCCUUCAUGUUGGUGAGAGAUGGUGUUGACAUUGAAAAGCUUAUCGACGAUGCAGACAACGUGGACUUAACAACCCAGAUUCUGUCCGCUAACAAUGCCUCCGGUGAGCUUCUCGUGGAGGGCGAUAUUGCUGUUCCGCGACAGAGGAAUGCGUUAAUCUGCUCCUCCUGCAAGUGGAAGAAAUCUGCCAACGGCCUUGUCGAAGUGCCUGUGAUUGUGAGCCCUGAUUUCUCUGUCUAUGAAAGGAUGAAAAUCGAAAAGGCGAUGCUGACCUUCACAAAAGAGACCUGCAUCCGAUUUGUGCCUCGCUCAACAGAGGUUGACUACAUCAGCAUAGAGAACGGUAAAGGGUGCUGGUCCUACAUUGGGAGAGCAGGAGGCAGGCAGUUGGUGUCCUUGAACAGGGAUGAAUGCAUCUACAAUGGCCUCAUCCAGCAUGAGCUCAACCACGCCCUGGGCUUCUACCACGAGCACAACAGGGCCGACAGGGACCAGUAUGUGAAAGUCCACUGGGAAUACGUCGACCCAGACCAGGCUUACAACUUUAGAAAACAAUAUGGUAACACCAUGGGCACUCCAUAUGACUACACAUCUGUGAUGCACUACACCCGAACUGUUUUCACCACCGAGAAUGGAAAGGCAACGCUCACCCCCAUCCCUGACCCGGACGUCCCCAUUGGCCAGAUACAGGGUCUCUCCCCCACUGACAUCCUGAGGAUCAAAAAGCUGUAUGAAUGCUGAUUGGAGCAAAUCAUCAAAACAGGAAUGGCGAUUGUUGACUAAACAUAAAAGAACAUAUCUCAAACCUGGAGACAAUUGUGCUGCCUCUCACAACUGUGGUGAAAAAUCAGAUGUUAUAAUGUCAACUCAACAAUUUCUCAAGAAUGUUAAUGUUACACCCUCAGUAUGUGUGAUACAUUCAUAAUUUGCCAUUUCAAAUAAAAAGCCAACUUAUUUUUCCCUCCACCCCAUUUAAAAGGAUACCCUUCUCUUCUCUGUGUAUGCAAUAACCUAGUCUGGCACUGUUAGCCCAAGUCACUGGAAGUGAGUCAGACCAGUUAGCCGAUAGCACUUCCAGUUAUUUAUGCUAAGCUAGGCUAACGGCAUCACAUGUUUCUUGGUGUUUUAUGCCCCCAACGUUGUCUUCAAGGUA